AUGCCGAGGUCAUUUUUGGUCAAGAAGGUCAAGUAUCCUGUGGACCAUGCUGCCCGCUGGGCAUAUCGGGAACCUUCAAGUCCAUCGGAAGCGACCCCUGCUCCCCGGUGUCCACCAUCUCCGUCGCACCACUGCCUCACCGUCCGUUACACGAGCAGAGCUAAAAGACGAAUGCGUGGUUGUUUUGAAAAGAGCAACAUAUUAGCAUUUGCAUCUGCUAUGUUUCGAAGUUUGUGGAAGCCUUCUGCAUUUGCAAUUAUAAAUGAACUCUUAUCAAAUGGCAUCAAAUGCGCCACGCUUCCAUUUCUCCCCGCUGAUUACCAUGAUCGUUCUUCUCUAGGCUAUAUUCAAGAUGUGAUUCCCUCCUCUGAGCUGCUGCGGUACGACCGAUUUCAUUUCGAGAAUUCUCGGGACGACGUCUUCGAUAAAGAACUGGACCUGAGUCGCCGAAGCGGAGACAGAGGACAUGACCACGAGCACAGUGAUACUUCUUCUUUCUGCAGUCAUGUCUCAGAGAGCAGUCUCAGCCCUGGCCUCGUGCCGCCUUCACCGCCGAUCUCGGUCUCACCCCCUGCUAUCUCUUCAGCACCUACUCGAAUGAGCUCGAGUGGAUUAGUUGGUGACCCUUCGUUUCAUGUCUUCUCCAACGGAGUUACUGUCAGCUAUACAUACGAUGCCUUUUUCGUCUCUGACGGCCGAUCCAGGCGAAGGAACGCCCUUGGUCUACCGGAAGUGCCCCCACAGCGAGACAGACCAAGAUACACGUGUGGAGAAUGCGGAAAGCACUAUGCGACUUCCUCCAACCUCUCUCGGCACAAGCAGACACACCGCAGUCCAGACUCUCAACAGGCAAAAAAGUGCGAGACCUGUGGCAAGGUGUACGUCAGCAUGCCAGCACUAGCCAUGCAUUUGCUUACCCAUAACCUGAGUCACAAAUGUGCCGUGUGCGGCAAGGCAUUCUCAAGGCCCUGGCUGCUGCAAGGCCACAUGCGCUCUCACACCGGUGAGAAGCCCUACGGGUGCGCCCACUGCGGCAAAGCUUUUGCAGACAGGUCCAACUUGAGAGCUCACAUGCAGACGCACUCUGCUUACAAGCACUACGCUUGUGCUCGAUGCAAUAAAUCCUUUGCUCUCAAGUCCUACCUCAACAAACAUUACGAAUCAUCUUGUUUAAAAGAUCCUGUUCUUGGAGGAAUACCGUUGACACCGGCGUCCACCCCUAUGCCACAAGACUCUCGACUGCUUCUAAGAACAUAA